AUGAAGCCACCUUGCCUCAGCCUCGGCAAGAUCUGGGAUGAACAGGACCAUGGCGGCCAUGCGCAAAGCUGGUUCAGGGGUGGCGAGCACCAGAACAAGUACACCACGGGUGUCAUGUGCCGCCACAACGUCGUUCUGGCCCUGUCGUCGGGGGUUGGCAAGCCGGCUAUGAACAGCCUGACCAGCGAACUGACGGCGCGCUUCACGGGGAUAAAACUAUUAGUGACGCUCGUGCAGUACGACUUUGGGAAGCACGUGCUCGGGAGGUUUAUCACCACCGCCUCGGUGAAGGAGAAUCCGCACCCUUCGGUCCGCCCCAUGGUGGUGGCUUUUCAGACGGAGGGGGAGCGUGAUAGACCAGUCGACAGCGACUGA